UCUCUCAUCUGUCGAUUGCAAUGCCUGCUGCCCUCAACUCUACUUUUCCGCUCCCGUCCUUCAUCCCCGACCCGCCCCGCCUCGCCUCGUCUGCAUCACAUUGCCUGCCUGCCUGCCUGUUUCCUCCAUGGAUUUGCUUCUCCCACCCAUGAAAAACCGCGUGGUGCCCACAGAUUCGAAUUCCUCCGAGUUUUUUCACGGGCAUGCUUCCGUUCCACCAAGAAUGCGACCCAGACUACUCCUCUCUCUCUAGCGGAAUGUCCAGUCCAGUCCAGUUCAGUUCAGGUUCAGGUUCAGGUUCAGGUUCACACUAGCGGCAUGCCAACAUGGGGCGUCUGCCUGCCUGUCUGACGGACGGACGGACGGGAAGAUGCCAUCUCAAGUGCACGAGCAGUGCCUACGCCGCCCAUCUGUAUCUGCCGCCUCCGCGUCCUCCUCCACGCCGCUGCUCUGCAAGAUCGCAGAAUGAUUCCUCUAGUCCACCUCCUGGAGCAGCGCCGCCCACAGCACACUUGUUUUCUCCCUUCGAGGGCGGUAGCAGCUUUUUCUUCUUCGUCCCGGUCUUCCUAGCCGCCUCGCCUGGGGAGCGGUAAUUUACUCCCUCCAACGUGCCCUGCCCACACAAUUCUUCUUCCCUUUUACCCGGCCACCAAGACACCAUAGUACUGUCUCUAGUACGUAAGGUGGACCGAGUGCGUGCUUUUGUACCGGGGAAGGAAUUCUCCGCCUCCCACGCAAUCCGGCCCUGCCAUCCAUUCACAUGGACACACAACAUGGGACACCUUUACACUACCUCCGGAUGCUGUCUUACUGCUGCAGCAGCAUUAUUCGCAUUAGUAACUUAGUAUUACCUCCUGUCAGUGAGGCCACUCGUUUAAUACUGUCCUACUAUGACUAUGCUCACUCUAGGCCACCCUCCUCACUCUACCCAUCACCAUUAGUUUACUUUAAUGGCAGUGGUUGCAGAAAGAGGGAAAAACAAACCAAAGCCACAUGCGUCGCAACCAAUGCGUCUAAUUCCGUCCUCACGUUUACAACCACGGGUCUCAAAAUCCAGUGCCGAGGAAUGCCGUAGGGGCGUGCCGUACGGUGGCCGCCACCGGGAUUAUUAUGCCCUUCCUUCCGUGGUUCUUCUCGAGAUUGUGUUUGCUCCUGACCUGGGACCAAACCCAAUGAUGAACGACGUUUACAUGUAUACCAGCAUCUAUCCGUCAGUAUCAGUGUCAGGCCCCCCUUUCUUUCCUUUUCAUCAUUCCUCAUCAUCCUGGCUGGCCUACCGAUCGAGCUUCGCCGUCACGGAGGCGAUCGAUCAAUCAAUCAAAUGGUUUUCCAUUUUGUUUUUUCGUUCACGAGCGUCGGUGCAAAGGGAGUGAGAUUAGCAGCUGCUCAUGUGGGAUCCCAACAACAGGCCCCAGGUGUUGAUUGAUAUAUAUAUAUAUAUAUAUAUAUAUAUAGCAAGGUCUGUCAGGUUCAUCUUCUUCCCCUUUUGUUUGAGAAGAAAAAGAAAUUAUAUAAACUACUCCAAACUCACGCUUAGAAUAGCGUUACCCUAUAUAUAUAAUGCAUGUAGAAUCUAGAUACAAUGCCGUCGAUGUGUGCCUCGCAACCAACCAGUUUAGAAUCGCCAAAAGGAAAUUCAGAAAUGCAAAAGGGGAAGCUGCUGCCUGCCCACCACCACCUACAUGGAUGGUUGGAAUAGUUUAAGCAGUGGUGGUUGCAGAUGGCACGUCCAUGAGCAUGCGGCUGGAGGUGAGAUGUAGCCAUCAGAGCAAGCAAUGCGCUGAAAUGAAAGAAUGAAUGAAAGAAAGUUUGGUCAUCUCCUCAGGAAGCCUCUGCGCCGUCCUUUGCCGACAGAAUCCAGUGGCUAAAGCAGCGUUUGAUUAAAAAAGAGAGCGGGAGAUGAGGUGUCGUAGAAUGAUGAUGAUGAUCUUAGUGCUGCUCGUUAUUAAUCUGAGGCUUGCGGUGCUAAGCUACUGAUGGUACCAUCUUUGCAAAACCUGUCCUGUUGUGGUUGUGGCCAAUUUUCCUGCAAAUGAAGGUUCUGAUUUUUUCCUUUUUACGGCGAAUGCUUAAGAACGUCGUGUUUUAGCAGUAAAGAUCAGUUGCAACCUGGCCAUACUCUUUCUGCAUCAAUUCAAAAUUUGGUGUCAUCUUCUUGCACAUAGCGGGUUUUAGAAGCCUUGCCAAGCCUGAGAUCUCUGACCACCGCCAAGCCAAGCAUCCGUAACAUCUGUGGUUCUCAUGUCAGUUGUUGUCCUCUCAACUUUCAGUCCACAGUCUCCAUCCAACAUCACACCCAAUUAGCACAUGCAAUCCAGUCUCUUUGUAGUUGGAAGCAGAUGGCUGCUGUUCUAGCUGCCUUAGCCAUAGACCUAUUUACCUAUUUUCCCCUACUGUGUAGUGCUGUGGGUUGAGAUGUCCCCUGUCUCGCAGGGGAGGUGCUGGUCCUGAAUUGAGUUUACUACUACAAUGAUGGAUGUGCAGUGCAUUUACAAGACUUUUCUUGUCGUUGAAGUUGAUAGCUUUCUGUCCUUUCAUUGCGCGGAUUCUCUUGCCUUCAUAUAAGCUGACCCCUUUGUUAAUCAAAACUUAGAACUCCUCCUCUCUUUAGUAAGUAGUACUCUCGGACCAGGAUACUUGUCUGAAGCAAUUCAUAAGUUAGGCCAGCUUAUUGUGCUUUCAGUUGAUUUUUGGCUGUGAGCUCUCGGAGAGAUCAUGGCGGUGCCGUAUGUUCGGCAAGCUUCAUAGAUCUGUUUAGCACCAAGAUAGAUAGCUAGAUUGAACUGGAUGGGGUCUGUUUGAUAUUCCUCCCCAGUCCCCACUCCCUGCCUGCAAACUAGCCGACGAUGGAUCUCCACAUGAAGCUUCUGCUGGCCUCCCUCAGCUGUGUACUUCUAAUACAAGGAGCAUUCUGUGAUAACACUGCAGGGGGGACUGGAGCCACAAGCUGGACAUGUGUGUGCGCUGCUCAUCCGCUUGGUGAAUCUAACUCCAAUAGCAGCCUGUCAUCCAGCUGCGACUCCUCGUGCCAUUGCCUACGAGAUGAAAACGGCGGCACAGGGUCAUGGAACUGCUCGUGCCGCUCCGACAAGGACCUUCAGGAAGAAGAACAUGCUGUGGUGCACAGCGGGAGCUGCUUCACUUCCUGUAACUGCACAUCUGGAAGUUCUGAACAAGGGAGGAAGCAUUUCUCUAGUAAAACAGUCAUCGCAACACUCCUGGUAUGUGUGGUUCUCACCACUGUUGCUUUCGUCGGCACAACGGCGUACUACUUUCGACGCAAGGACGCGCUCUCCCCGCGUUCUCGGAUGCACUCUUUCGACAAGUAUGCCAGCUGGAGCAGUAGAUCGAACCUCGUCAGCCACCGGUCUUCUCCCCUUACCCAACUGAAACCCAAACCGGGGCUCAGUGUCAUCAAAGGCAAGGCAAAACAUUUCUGUGUUAUUUGUCUGAAUUGCUUCAGAGUUCUAUUCAGGAGGUCAGUCUUGGUUCUUGUUUCAGCUAUGAUUUUUCUCUGUCACGGCACAGGGUUUUUGUGUAGCUGCCCGCUUGUCUCCCGGAGCGAAGACGGCCCAUUCCCCGGCGUGGUUCUCCGGUUCUCCUACGCGGAGUUGGAGCAGGCAACCGGGAAAUUCUCCGACGAACAGCUCAUUGGCGUCGGCGGGACAAGCAAAGUGUACCGUGGACAGCUCGCCGACGGCAAAGUCGUCGCCGUGAAGAAGCUUCGGCCCCUCGGAGGCGCAGACGAAGACUAUGAGUUCCUGUCAGAGAUCGAGCUGCUGUCGCGGCUGAACCACUGCCACGUGGUGCCGCUGCUGGGGUACUGCUCGGAGCGGCAGGGGCGGCAGCUGGAGCGGCUGCUGGUGUUCGAGUGCAUGACCAACGGCAACCUGCGGGAGUGCCUGGACGACCUCAACAGGAAGCCCAUGGACUGGGCGACGCGCGUCGGCGUGGCGCUGGGCGCGGCGAGGGGCCUCGAGUACCUCCACGAGGCGGCGGCGCCUCGCAUCCUCCACCGGGACAUCAAGUCAACCAACAUCCUGCUCGACGACAGGUUCAGGGCCCGUAUCACGGACCUGGGCAUGGCCAAGUGCCUCAUGAACGACGGCGUGACGAGCUGCUCCAGCUCGCCGGCGCGCAUGCUGGGCACCUUCGGGUACUUCGCCCCGGAGUACGCCAUCGUCGGCAAGGCGUCGCUCAAGUCGGACGUGUUCAGCUUCGGCGUGGUGGUGCUGGAGCUCAUCACCGGCCGGCAGCCCGUGCACAAGAGGGGCGGCGCCGGCGCCACUGGCGGCGCGGACGAGAGCCUGGUGAUGUGGGCGACGUCGCGGCUCCGGGACAGCAGGCUGGUGGUGGCGGAGCUGCCGGACCCGGCGCUGAAGGGCGCGUUCCCGCCCGAGGAGAUGCAGAUCAUGGCGCACCUCGCCAGGGAGUGCCUGCAGUGGGACCCCGAGGCCAGACCCACCAUGACCGAGGUCGUCCAGAUCCUCUCCACCAUCGCGCCCCUCGCCGACAAGCGCCGCCGGCACCACCUGCCCGCCGCCGCCGGUGCCUUCGCCCCGGGCUUCCGUGCCGAGAGGCCGCAGGAAUGCUCGAUGUGGCAGGACGGUGAUGCCGACCGUCGCCGCGAUCACAUGCACGGAGGGAACGGCAGCAACGCCAAGGGCGCCGUCGUGUCCGGAGAGGUCGCGAUCAACGUCGGCACGCCGGUGACGAUGGGCCGGAGCUGGCGGUCGGCAGAGCAGGAGGAGGUGGACCUGACGGAGCCGCGGCUGGAGACGUUCACGCAGCCCACGACGGCGACGAGCCUCUACAGGUGAAGGGAGAUCGAUCGAAUACGUUGUAGAAGAGAUAGAUAUAGAAUAGUCAAGUAGCACCAGAAACUCUGCUGCGAUCCUCCGCGUGCAUGGCAUGGCGGGACUGAUCUAUCUUUGUACAGGCAAAAACGUAAUCAAAUCAAUUUGAGAAGAAAAAUGGGAAUGAGACCCAUCACGCCCAAAUUUAUCAAA